AUGGAAUCAGCAGGCGGUCGCGGCGGUUUCCGUGGUUCGUUUGGAGCUAGAGGAAGGGGACGCGGUCGCGGACGUGGUCGAGGACGAGGCCGUGGCCGAGGAGCUGUGACAAAAGAAUGGAAACCUGUUACACAGUUGGGUCGUCUGGUAUACGAUAGGAAAAUUACUACGUUGGAAGAAAUAUACAUGUUCAGUCUUCCGAUUAAGGAAUGUGAAAUUAUAGAUACAAUAUUGGGUUCAAGUUUAAAAGAUGAAGUCCUCAAAAUAAUGCCUGUUCAAAAGCAGACCUGUGCCGGUCAACGAACACGUUUUAAAGCAAUUGUUGCCAUGGGGGAUCAUAAUUGUCAUGUUGGGCUAGGAGUAAAAUGUGCCAAGGAGGUCGCUACAGCAAUUAGAGGCGCUAUAAUACAAGCAAAACUGUCUAUGAUCCCUGUAAGAAAGGGCUACUGGGGUAACCUGAUUGGAAAACCACAUACUGUCCCAUGUAAGGUGACCGGAAAGUGUGGAUCAGUAUCUGUACGUUUAAUCCCAGCCCCUCGCGGAACAGGUAUUGUUGGUGCUCCAGUUCCCAAGAAACUUCUGCAAAUGGCUGGUAUUGAAGAUGUCUAUACGAGUGCUCGUGGUCAGACCUCAACUUUGGGGAAUUUCGCUAAAGCAACAUACGCAGCCAUACGAGCCACCUAUGAAUAUCUGACACCUGAUUUGUGGGAUGUGGUCCCGAAAGCAAAACACAUAUUUGUUGAAUAUUCAGGAUAUCUUAACAAAGUUGCAAAAGAGGUUUGA